AGCUCUUUAAUAUUUCCCAUCUCGCUAGCCGUUAGUUUGGUUUGUUCUACCUCUAGCCGACGCUCGGCGAUUUGUCAUGGCUGAACUUUUACAGUUUCACCCCGAGCGGCCGUGAAUCACACCACUGCUGCGAUGGACACCAGCUGAAUAUGGUGUGUUAUAUCCGGGGCAUUUUUUCGUUUUUUUUGAAGGCUUCUUGGUCGGCUAUUGUUGGCAAACGUAAGGUUAGCUAACGUGGCUAGCAUGUGCUAACGUAAGGCAGCGUCGACUGGUCGGUUGGACACUUUUCCUUCUCCCCUGUGUUUUUUUUUCUUCUUCUCCCUUCUACGACCUCAGAGCCAGUUUGUUAAACAAUCCUUCACCUGGUUCACCUGUUCUUUGGAGACAAACAGCCGGCGGUGAGGUCGGUCGGUCGGCCGGCUCUCCUGGCUGGCAGCUGCGCUCGAUUCGCUCUCGGGCAGUUAGCUUCCAUCACCUGCUGCCAACAUGAUGGACUUUGACAACGUGUUGGACAUGGCCUCGCAGAACCAGGGCCACGGCAACGUGCAGAAGAGAUACAGUCUGCAAGCUGGACCCCCCAAAAAGGACCCGAGGUCUAAAGGAGUCAACCCCGCUGCGGUGCAGGCGCUUCUGAAGAAGCAACAAACUGACAGCAAAAAGAAAGAAAUACAAAUGAGGAAACAGAAGGACGUACUACUCGCCAAGAGGGUUGAGCUCAAGUCGGACCGCAAAGCGAGAGCGAUGGCGUCCCGAACCAAGGACAAUUUCAAAGGCUACAACGGCGUCCCGAUGGUGGAGCUCCCGAAGAAGCGGCGAUCGAAGCAGGAGAUGGAGGAGGAGAGGUCGAUGAACGCCGAAGGAUUCAGGAAUCACUCGGUUGACCCGGAGGACGAGGAUAACUUUGAGUACGAACAGACUGAUUCGGAGCCGGAGCCGGAGCCGGAGCCCCUGAGACCAGGGAAGACCACGGGUGUUAGUGGGCGCAGUAGCAGCAGCAGCGGUGGUGGUAGCAAGUCCUCCUCCAAAACACCCAAGCCUGCUCCACCUCCCAUGAACUUUGCAGAGUUACUGAAAUUGGCGGAGAAGAAGCAGUUUGAGCCGGUCGAUCUGAAACCCAAGGUAGCGAAAAAGGACGAGAGACUCCGCACAGCUGAUGAGAUAAGGGAACUAGAGAUGGAGCGCAACGCUAAGAGACCUGACAAAAACAAAGACUCCAAAGCAGAGCGAGAAAGAGAUGGGAAGUCUCAGUCCAGCUCUAGUUCGAUAAGGACGAGCACUGUAGAGAAGGAGCAGAAGAACUGUAAACCGCAAAAGAACUCGAUAGAAAAACAUAGUCUGCCCAGUGGGUCAGGGAAGCAAAGCAAUAGAGGCCACUCUUCUUCUAAGUCCUCCGUUAGCGACAGAGAGAGAGAGAGACCCAAGGCAUCGCACAGCGAUAGAGACAGAUCCAAGACUAGUAUGACUAGUUCAUCUGCUGCCACAAAUGGUAAAGUUCUUUCGAAAACUACAUCAUCUCAGGUUUCAGUCAAACAAGGGGCCCCUAAGACCUCAUCUAGCCACAAAUCCAGCACCUCAAGUGACCUUAACUACAAAAAAGAAAGCUCAUCAUCACUCCAAAGUAGAGCUUCAGGUAAACCGGGGCCUAGGCCUCCUGGGACAUCUGUGACGGGCCAAAAAUCCCAACAUGGGACCUCCCAACAGACCAGACCCAGUCAGGGUAGUUCGUUGAAACAGGGGGCUGCAGUCGGAGGCAACAAGUCUGGACGAGGGGAACCACUAAGGACUGGAAAUAAUUCUGCAGUUAAAUCAAGUGGUAAUUCAAUGGUGAGAAAUUCAUCAGGCGGCCCUCCUAAGGCAGGGAGCCAACCUCAGCCGAGGCCUGGAGGUACAUUGCAGGCGAAAGGUGGUGCCCCACAGGCCAGGCCUGGUGGGAGUGGUCUGCAGGGUCACCCUGGAGGUAACGGACCCCGACCCCCAGGGACCGGAGGUGGUCGACCGGGUAAUGGGGGACCAGUACCCGGAAGAUCGACUGGCAUAAUUGGAUCAGGGCCCGGGAGACCAAAGUGCACCGUAGUGUCGGAGACCAUCUCAUCCAAGAAUGUUGGUGGAGCCAGACCAGGGGUCCCUCCUCGGCCGGGAAUGCCACAGAGACCUGGAAUGCCACAGAGACCAGGCAUGCAACCCAGACCAGGCAUGCAACCCAGACCAGGCAUGCCACCCAGACCAGGCAUGCCACAAAGACCUAUGAUGAACAGACCACCAGGUACAAUGUUGCCACCAAUCACAUCCGCCUACAAGAGGAAAUUGGAAGAUGAGGAAGAUGAGUAUGACUCCGAAAUGGAGGAUUUCAUUGAUGACGAAGGUGACGAACCAGAGGAAAUUUCCAGGCACAUAAAGGAAAUUUUUGGCUACGAUCGAAACAAAUACAAGGAGGAGAGCGACUAUGCACUCAAGUUCAUGGAGAGCAGCUGGAAAGAUUUGCAGAAAGAAGAGGCCAGGAGCCUGAGACUGGCUGUGCAAGAAGAUCUGGAGGAGGAGAAAAGAGAGGAAGAGGAGCUGAAAAGGAAAACCAAGCGGACAAAAAAGGACUGAAGCACCCUGAAUGAAUGAAUAAAUUAAUUUAAAAAAACAACCUUCCUGUGUAUCUGGAGACAUGGAGCAGUAGGUCUGCCAUCUCAACACAUGAAGCCCAGCGACUAUGUUCACCCCUGCGUCCGUUUGCUGUCGGUCUGAUUAUUUGUUUCCACUGUUCAAACGAAAAACUUGAGUGGAGUGACAUGGUCUCAAGAGGAAACGAGAAGAAGAAUUUCAUUCAGAGACAAACCGACGAGGUCAAAGACGUACUCAAAUCAUUCAGGCAUUAGGGUCGACAAGGCUAUAAUGAAAAGUUCUCAUAUUUUCCAUCUGUAUUAUUUGCUAUGCAGGCUUUAUUUUGUCAGCAGGCCUUAUUCCUUAAAGGGAACUGGGCUGCAAAGAGAAAUAUUAAUAUGGAAGAGUGUGAUUCCUUUUUGUUUUUCUUUCUUUUAGACUAACAAUGCCAAAUGGGGAAAAUGUACUCUUUUUGAGCACAAGAUGUUUAUUGCUUAUUUUUCCAAACAAACUUCAGUUUGAAUAUGCAGAAAAUAUUAACGUGUCGUGUGUUUCUCUUUUAAAAGAUUUGAGAAGCAGCGGUUGCAUAAAAGGUUUUUAUUUAAAUGUCUUAAGUUUUACAUCAAUGUUGUCUCAGAAAAUGACAAUCUUAGUGAUAUAUAUAUAUAAAGAAUUUGCAAUCUA